UGUGUGUGUUUGUUGCUCGUGUUAAAUUUUGUUAAUUAUUUGUAAUUGGCUAUUUAGUUAAUUUAUUACUCAAUUGGCUUACACUUGUGGCUGUAGUUCUUAAAAAAUGUGCGCGUCUCAUUAUAUUUUCAUCAACCGCAAUUAGACGCGCUCUCUCGCUGUCUCUCUCGCUUGCCAAUAAUUUUUUGGAGAAGAAGCAACAGCUGAAAACAAAAACAAAAGAAAAAAAGCAGUUGAAUUUCCGCUUUUUAAAUUGUAAAUAGCCAACAGUGCAAAAAGACACAGACAAGAUAAGCGUGUGCUAAGAGCACACACACAUAUGUGAAAAAAUGCGCACCACAAUUGAGUUUGAGGAGUGCCUAAAGGAUUCGCCGAGAUUCAGGCAAUUUAUAUCCAAGGAGGAGAACGACAUUGAACACUUGGAGCAGCGGCUGGAGAAAAUCAUUAAGCUGUGCAAUGUGGCCGUCGACUCAGGCAAGGAAUAUGUUAAAAAUCAGAGCGCCUUUGCCAUGUCCUUGUGGGAUCUGCAGCAGCAUUUUCUCGACAAUAAAAAUGCGCACAAUGCGCUGGGCAAGCUUAUUCAUUGCUAUCAGGAAAUGAACAAAUUUCACACGAUACUAUUGGAUCAGGCCAGUCGUACGGUGUUAAAGAAUCUCAACGUAUUUGUCAAGGACGAUAUCAACCAGGUCAAGGACUACAAGGGUCACUUUUUGAAAGUAUCCGAGGGUUACGAUAAUGCGCUUUUGAAAAACGCCCAGGCGAGCAAAAAUCGUCCACAGGAGGUACAAGAGGCCGCCAACAUAUUAUCUGCUUCCAAAUCUUGCUUUCAACACACCGCUCUGGACUAUGUCAACUAUAUAACGUUAGUGCAAGCGCGCAAGGUGCCUUCAAUUCUUUCCACGCUACUGGACUACUAUCAGGCCUGUGUGACCUACUACCAUCAGGGCUUUGAUUUGUGCAACGAUUUUGAUGAGUUUUUCAAGAAUAUCAGCGAGGAUCUGAAUGCUUUACGUGGCGACUACCAGCAGCUGGAGAAAGUCAUGCAGAAUCGGCACAUGAGCGUGAAUCGCUAUUGCGAUUCCAAUACAAACAGCACCUCGCAUAAUGUUGAGGGCUAUUUGUUCAAGAAGAAAUCAAAGGGCUUUAAGACAUGGUGCCGACGUUGGUUCUACCUGAGCGAUAAUCAGUUGGUCUACAGUGAUUUGGAUUCGCAUUGCAGAAAACGCAGCAACGAGGACUCAUUCUCGGUCAUGGAGGAGGACUUGCGCAUUUGCACUGUGCGUCCCGUAAACGAAAGCGAUCGACGCUUCUGCUUCGAGGUCAUUUCGCCUACAAAGUCACACAUAUUGCAAGCAGAUUCGGCGGAUAUGUUGUCGUUGUGGAUUUCAGCACUGCAACAUAGCAUCGGAGCUGCCAUACAGCAUGACACCUCGCAGCACUCGCGGCCACAAACCAACAACGCGCCAAAUGCUUUGCCCGUCAAGCGUAGAAUCCACUGGGAGGAGUUUUUGAAAAUACCUGGCAACUCACUGUGCUGUGAUUGUCGUGGCUCGCAGCCUCGAUGGGCUUCCAUUAACUUGGGCAUCACCUUGUGCAUUGAAUGCUCUGGCGUGCAUCGCAGUUUAGGUGUGCAUUAUAGCAAAGUGCGCUCGCUGACGCUAGACGCUUGGGAAACUGAGAACGUUAAGGUCAUGAUGGAGCUAGGCAAUGAGGUAGUCAAUCACAUUUACGAGGCGCGCGUACCCGAGGACUGUGAGCUGCGUAAACCGACGGAACAGUGUGAAAUUGGAGUGCGCGAGGCUUGGAUAAAGGCAAAAUAUGUGGAACGCAGGUUUGUAUGCGGCAUGCCCAAGCCACAAGAGCUGCUGGCCAGUGAAACAGCUGAGGUGCUUAGCAUAGACAGUGCCGAGGAUGCGGCUGUUGGUAAACGUGCCACAUUGUCGCUGGGCGGCACACGCAAGUGGGUGGUAAAAAGACUACGCAGGCGACGACAGCAGCGUCCACUGACCAAGACACUGAGCGAUGAGCCCAGCAUAUACAACUCGGCCAAAACCGGUGACGAGUUGGAUGAAGAUGAUGAUGAUGAAUCUAUUAACAUUCCCUCAAUGUCGCUGAGCAUUUCACGCGAUGAUUUGCUAGUCAUUGGUGAUGACCUGGCGUUGGAUAGCUAUGCGACACCUGCCAUUUUAGGCAGCGAUCAGGAAAGCACAGAGGGUGAAUCUGAGCCCGAACAGCCAGAGGAAUUACCCUUUACGCUACUCGAUGCCAACCUCUUGCUCUACAAAGCAUCCAUUGUACACAAUUUGCCAGUGAUGUGCAUGGCCUUUGCAUUGGGCGCGGAUAAGCACUGGAAGAAUACGCAGGAUCGACAGCGUUCAUUUCUGCAUCAAGCGGUGCUAUCAGGCUCUGUGAUGGCUUGCGAGUAUUUGUUACUAAAUGGCGUCGGCAUUGAUUCAGUCGACGAGCUGGGCUACAGCGCAUUGCAUAUAUCCACGGCCAAGGGACACAUUGCGCAGGUUUAUCUGCUGUUAAAGCAUAAGGCAGCCUAUGAUCUAACCUCAGCUGAUGGAAAAAAAGCGCUGGAUAUUGCCGUGGAACAAAAGAAUGCAGACAUUGUCACACUCUUGAGAUUGACACGUCUCAAUGAUGAAAUAGGAUUAAACGAUGAGUACAAUGGCGAGGAUGAGACAUACAAAGAUGUUAUGAAGGACUUUUCUAACUUUGCAGCCAGUCAACCGCGUAUGUUGCGUCAACGCAACGACUCCAAUACGCUUGAGUCACAGCGCAGUUCGCUUACAAACUCCGACUAGCCCAAUGUUGGUUAGAUAUGCGUUAUGAAUUAUUGUUGAUUGUUGUUCAAAAAUUGUUAAACGAUUCCAACUCAAAUCAAUAUCCUUCUCUAGGUAAUCU